AUGAAAAGAAUUACCAAAACCUACUCCAGGGAAGCAACUCGAGAAAUAUCGCACUAUGUGAUCGGUAUUGCUACAUUUGGAAUACUGCUUCUUUUAUGUUGCAUUUUACAAUGCUGUAUAUGCCGACGGUUGCGGAGAAAACGACGCUACGAUGAGCACUUUGAACCCCUUCACUAUCCCUCCUCAACACUGCAAUUCGUACGCUUCAGCCAUAACAGGAGAGAGCCAAAAAUGGGUACGACGAAGCUCGACAUUCCAUGUGCUGCCCAAAAAUAA